AUCGCAGCAUGGCGGAGAGGAGAGUCAAGGCAGCAGCAGAGCCCCACUUCCUGCAGUUCAAUGAUCUGGCCUGUGAGGCGGUGGGGGGGAAGGUUAUUUUUGCUACGGACGAAUGGUUCGCUCCGGCUGCAAACCUGCUGAAGAGAGAGCAGCCGGUGUUCAUCGCCUCGGCCUUCACUGAGUUUGGGAAGUGGAUGGACGGAUGGGAGACGAGGAGAAAGAGAACACCGGGUCACGACUGGUGCAUCAUCGCUCUCGGUGUGCCGGGGCUGAUCCACGGCUUCGAUGUGGACACGUCCUUCUUCACCGGGAACCACUCACCCCACGUCUCCAUCCAGGCCGCCUGUCUGACCCCCCCCCCCACCUUCUCUCUGGAGGGGGACCGGACAGGAAUGGCCGCCUCCGACGCUCAGCUGACUGCUGUUGCCAAGCUGCACUCGGAGGCGUGGCCUGAGCUGCUGAAGGAGGCGGAGCUUCAGCCGGGGUUUUCCCACUGCUGCAACAACUACUACAGUGUGAGAGUCACACAGAGAGUCACACACCUGAGGCUCAACAUGCACCCAGACGGAGGGAUCUCCAGACUGCGGGUGUACGGCGUCGGGCAGAGAGACUGGUCCGACAUCUCGCCCAAUCAGGACGUCGACCUGCUGGCCCUGACCAAUGGGGGCGUCUGCCUCGGCUACAGCGACGCCCACUUUGGGCAUCCACGCAACAUGAUUGGUCUCGGUCGAGGUGUCAACAUGGCGGACGGCUGGGAGACGGCCCGGCGUCUGGACCGACCCAAACACCUGGAGGAGGACGAGCACGGCGUCCUGCUGGUCCCGGGCUGGGAGUGGGCCGUGUUCAGACUCGGUCACCCCGGAGUGAUCCGCAGCGUGGAGCUGGACACCGACCACUUCAAAGGGAACUUUCCGGACUCCUGCAGCGUGGAGGUGUGUUCGCUGACCGCCGGGGAGGAGGCUCAGAGCCGCAGCAAUGGGUGGCAUUCUGGGAAAUGGCAGAUCCUGCUGCCCCCCAAGAAA